UCAAAAUAAAACAUUUUUCUUUGUAGUUAAUAUUUUCUAUUAAAAAAUAUGAAUGAUAUAAAACGUUUAAAGGACCAACAAAGAGAAAAACAUCCUGGUUUCGAUGGCUAUAUGGACUGUAUGACAAGAGCAUUAUUUACCGGUUUGGCAUCAUUUUGUUUGGGUUUUUCGGGUCUAUAUUUCACACAAAAAAUUAUUCAAACAAAAAUCCGUUAUCCAUUGCAAUACAACAUUCUGACGUCUACGGUGGCGGCCACUAUUAUUGCCUAUCAGGUGACAAGUACGAGAACGAAAUCUUGUCAGGCCGCAUGGAUGGCUGUUGAAAAUAAGCACACAAUACUUAAGGAGGCCGAAUUUUAA